AUGUUGUGUCGAGCGGUUGCUAAAGUCAAACGCGUGACAGUGUACGAGUCGAGAAAUGUGCCUAUUUUCCUCAAAAUGGUGUGCCUGCCCCCAGUCUUUAGCAACGUGUCCUUUGUCUCCUUCAACCUUGAGCACACUCUGACCUGGCUGCCCUGUUCAGGGACUCCUGCCAACACCCACUUCACAGUUCAGAGCCUCAGGAAGAACUCAUGUGCUAGGUUGAAGACCAACCAGCCAUAUGACCUCUUUAACAAGUUCAAGGAUUCCUUCUGUUACUGUCAGCAUCAAUUUGGUGAUAGAAUUUACUUGUAUAGAAUAAUUGUCUUCACUUCAACCCCUGACCUCCCUAUUGCAGCAGUGUUGGGCCCUCUAGUGAUGUCCGUGUCAGGCUGUGGGAACUGCCUGCUCCUGCAGGUCACUCCCCCUACAUCCAGGGGCCUACAGCGCUUUCUGCCUCCCCCCAGUUAAGAACAAAUUUUUAUUUACAAUGAC